AUGGUCUUCCCCCUGAUCGGUCCCAUGAGGGACAGGACAACCGGUCUCAAUUCGGGGCGCACGGUGGCGACUAGUGCCGGCUGUUGUAAGGGUCUGUGUCCUUACGGUACGGUGCCGGCUGUUGUAAGGGUCUGUGUCCUUACGGACAGGGAGGCUGCCUAUUUAAUCCGCACUCCGAGCGAGUUCCACUUAUUUCUGGGUCUGAAGCUGACUGAAGAAGUGCCUGAGCCAGCAAAAGCUCCCAAGGAGGGCGCCAAGAAAGCCUUUUCCAAACCAGCAGGCAAGGAGGGUAAGAAACGAAGGAGGGCGAGGAAGGAGAGUUACUCCAUCUACAUCUACAAAGUGAUGAAGCAGGUUCACCCCGACACUGGCAUCUCCUCCAAGGCCAUGAGCAUCAUGAACUCAUUUGUGAACGAUAUUUUUGAGCGCAUCGCGGGCAAGGCUUCCCACCUGGCCCAUUACAACAAGCGGUCGGCCAUCAGCUCCCGGGAGAUCCAGAGCGCCGUGCGCCUGUUGCUGCCUGGGGAGCUGGAAAAGCACGCCGUAUCAGAAGGGACCAAGGCGGUGAUCAAGUACACCAGCUCCAAGUGA